GCGGGGCCACAGCUGGGAUCCGCCGCCGACCCGCCGGCGGAGCUGCUGCGGGAGGCGCCGCCGCUCGCGCCGGACACACCGCCGCCUAAGCCCGCCGUCGCGCAGCCGCUGGCGUUCGAAGUGCCGGUGACGACGGAGAGCCUGAUCCGGCGGCACCCGCCGCGCCGCCUCAAGCGCCUGGAGGACCAGCAGCUGCCGCUCACCCACCAGCUGCUCGACGAGAAGCAGGCCGAGGCCGAGCAGCGCCGCCACCAGAUACUGACCCAGCGUGUGCAGUCGGCGCAACAAAGAUAUCCCAAGAGAAACUUUCAAGGAUACUAAGCACCAUGGGUUCAGCUUCCGUGAGAUGCUUCCGUGACGUGUCGUUCAGCUUAGGACAAGACACCUGGCGAACACUUCGACGGCCACGGUUUUCUAGAUCAUGGCCUGAGAGAAUUUCUGAUCGAAGAAAAACCUGCCAAUUAUGUCUUGCUCUUUUCCUUAGGUUCAAGUUAUCCACAGAAAAACUAUUACUAUUUUUCUUAAAAAAAGCAAGGUGAGAUAUCUUAAGUAGUUGUUUUAGAAUACCUGUUUGAAGAAUGUACAUCUCUUUUGUUUAAAGAUAAUUGUAACCAGAAUCCGUGAGUGGAACGAACCCUACACAUACUUCUGUAUUUCAACUUUUUAUAAACUUUGUGAAAAGUGUGAAGCAAACUUACUGUACGAAGAAAUUCUAGAGUGCUAAAUUCAAGAUUGUAUUCACGAUUUCAAUCUGUUAGUGAAAAAAAAACAAAAAUACAAAAAAACAAAAAACAAAAAAAACCACCGGUUUAUGGGUUGCGAUAAAAAUGUGUG